AUAUUUCAACAAAUUAUGAUUUAAAGUUUUAUUUCAGUCAUCGAAAUAGCGGGCUAAUGAUAGGCUUGAAGUUAAGUCUAAUUUGUGUAUUCAUCUUUAGCUUUGCAUUAUCUGAGCCCAACUACUAUGUGAUACAAUCUGAGAAGAAUGACUUGUACGUGAUCAAGCUGUCUAACUCAGCAAACAUUCUUGCAGAUGUUACGGAUAAUAAAGCUGUAGGCAAUGAAACCACUCCAGAAAUACUAGAGAGCGAUAAAGAUAGAGAAGAUGAUAAAAAAGAGGAAGUGACUGAAAAACCUACAGAAGUUUCCACUAACUCCGAAAAUGCUGUAAACGAGACUACGACAGGUCUUGAAAGUACGGAAGGCAACUCUACAGAUACAGCUGAAGAUGGUCCAGAAGCUGCAGAUUAUCGGAUUACACCUGGAACAGAAAUAGGAACAGAUGGUAUCCAGAAUUUUGAAGAAUAUUCAAAUGACCGUGGUUUUAUUAUCCCUGAGGAUUCUGAGGAAGACCAGGGCAAGGUAGACCUAACAAAGGCUACAAUUGCUGGAGAGGAGAAUAUAGCUAACAGUACUACUCCUGGAAAUGCUUCGGCUGAUCAGACAGGAAACACUACUGAUCAAGAACCUGGGAUUGGUAUCACAAGCACUGCUGCUACAGUAGAACCUAUUGAACAGACAGGGUUAAAUCAAACAGAGCUAAUGAAUAACCUGAAAGAUUCUAUAAACCGAACUGAGAAUGUACUUGGACAAAUGAUCAAAGAAAGUGGAGUAGGUACAAAUAACAUUACCGGGGAUGCUAAUGAAAAUGAACCAACUGGCAUAGAUCCAUUCCUGUAAAUUUUUAUUCAUAAAUAAAAUGUUAUCCAAUAAUUAAA